CACCAAACACCGACAUUGCUUUGCUAAAAAGUACCAAGUUAAACAAACCCAGCAAUAUCUAACAACAAACAUAAAGUCAUAAAAAAAUGGUGCUCCCUGUCUCACCAUCUUCUUCACUAUCACUACCCAUUUUAUCUUCUUCCACUCAUCAUAUCCUCCCGGCUUCUGAUCCUCCAUACAAACUCCUCCAAUCCCACCCAUCUCUUUAUUUACUUUCCAAAUGCAAAAGCCUCCAAGACCUCAAGCAAGUCCACGCUCAAAUCAUCAAGACUGGUCUUCACAACACCCACUUCGCGCUAAGCAAGCUCAUCGAGUUUUGCGCCGUCUCACCCUAUGGAGACCUCGCUUACGCGUUGUUACUCUUUGAAUCCAUUGAAGAACCCAACCGCUUCAUUUGGAACAACAUUAUACGCGGCUACUCGUUGAGUUCGAACCCGAUAGUAGCUUUGGAGUUAUACGUACGUAUGAUUCUAUGUGGGACUGAGCCGAAUUCUUAUACUUUUCCUUUUCUUUUCAAGUCUUGUGCGAAAAUAGGGGCUACCCAUGAAGGGAAACAGAUCCAUGCACACGUUGUGAAGCUUGGGCUUGAGAAUGAUGCCUUUGUGCACACUUCGCUUAUAAAUAUGUAUGCGCAAAAUGGUGAAUUGGGUAAUGCACGUUUGGUGUUUGAUAAAAGUACUCUGAGAGAUGCGGUGUCGUUUACAGCCUUGAUUACUGGGUAUGUUUCAAGGGGUUUUAUGGAUGAUGCUCGUCGGCUUUUCGAUGAAAUUCCUGUGAGAGAUGUGGUAUCUUGGAACGCUAUGAUUGCGGGCUAUGCACAAUGUGGUCGGUUUGAAGAGGCGUUGGCAUUGUUUGAGGAGAUGAGGAAAGUGAAUGUACAACCCAAUGAGAGUACCAUGGUGACUGUACUUUCAGCUUGUGCUCAGUCAGGGUCGGUUGAAUUGGGCAAUUGGGUGCGGUCUUGGAUUGAGAACAGUGUACUUGGUUCGAAUCUUCGGCUUGUUAAUGCACUUAUUGAUAUGUAUUCGAAGUGUGGUGAUUUGGAAACAGCUCGAGGGUUAUUUGAUGGGUUGCACCAAAGGGAUGUGAUUUCUUGGAAUGUUAUGAUAGGUGGUUAUACGCAUAUGAGCUGCUAUAAAGAAGCAUUGACGCUCUUUCAGCUAAUGCUAAGAUCGAAUGUUGAGCCCAAUGAUGUGACCCUUUUAGGUGUUCUUUCAGCUUGUGCUUACUUGGGUGCUCUUGACCUUGGUAAAUGGAUUCAUGCGUAUAUAGAUAAGAACUUUCAACAUAUGACUAAUAACUCUCUUUGGACAAGUCUAAUUGACAUGUAUGCCAAGUGUGGAAAUAUAGAUGCAGCAGAACAAGUCUUUAAUAAUAUGAAUCUUAAAAGCUUGGCUUCCUGGAAUGCGAUGAUAUCUGGGUUAGCCAUGCAUGGGCACCCAGAUAAGGCAAUUAGGCUUUUUGAAGAAAUGGCCUAUGAAGGAAUCAAACCAGAUGAUAUCACAUUUGUUGGUUUAUUAUCUGCUUGUACACAUGCCGGUUUGCCAGAACUUGGACGCCAAUAUUUUAGUUCAAUGAUUCAUGAUUUCAACAUUUCACCAAAACUGCACCACUAUGGAUGCAUGAUAGAUCUUCUAGGCCGAGCUGGGAUGUUUGAUGAAGCAGAGACCCUAAUGAAGAAUAUGGAAAUGAAGCCUGAUGGGGCCAUCUGGAGUUCUCUGCUAGGAGCUUGUAGAGUUCAUGGACGUGUCGAACUUGGUGAAUAUGUUGCUGAGCAACUCUUUGAAUUGGAGCCUGAUAACCCUGGGGCUUAUGUGCUUUUGUCAAACAUAUAUGCAGGAGCUGGUAGAUGGGAUGAUGUAGCUAGGAUUAGAAACAGGCUAACUAAUAUGGGAAUGAAGAAAGUUCCUGGAUGUACCUCAAUUGAGGUGGAUGGAGUUGUUCAUGAGUUUGUUGUUAGUGACAAAGUACAUCCCUUGAGAAAAGAUGUCUACAAAAUGUUGGACGAAAUAGAUAGGCUUUUGGAGGUGGCUGGGUUUGUGCCUGAUACGUCCGAGGUGCUUCGUGACAUUGAUGAGGAGUGGAAGGAAGGAGCCUUGAGUCAUCAUAGUGAGAAGUUGGCCAUUGCUUUUGGUUUAAUCAGUACAAAACCAGGGACAACAAUCAGAAUUGUUAAGAAUCUUCGUGUAUGUGGAAAUUGUCAUUCGGCUACAAAGCUAAUAUCUAAGAUCUUCAAUAGGGAGAUCAUUGCGAGAGAUAAGAACCGUUUCCACCAUUUUAAAGACGGUUUUUGCUCAUGUAAAGAUUAUUGGUAAAAUGAUUUAACUUGAAUGAAAUAACAUAUGUAAAUAACAUCAAUUUGAUUUACUACGGAAGAUAAUUUGCAUUCA